AUGGACAAUCGAGUUGCAGAGAAUGUUCUCGGUACCCUGGGUGCAGUAUGCUGGUCUGUCCAACUCAUUCCUCAAAUAGUCAUCAAUUACAGGAGACAUGACACUGAAGGCCUACAAGGGUCAAUGAUGCUCUUAUGGGCCACCGCAGGGGUUCCCCUCGGGGUGUACAACAUUGUGGAAGAAUUCAACAUUGCCCUGAGGAUUCAGCCUCAAAUCCUAACGACACUCAGCCUAAUUACUUGGGCGCAGUGUCUCUACUAUGGAAAGAAAUACCGAAUCAUGAAAUGCUGUGUCGCAGUCACUUCGCUUCUGCUGCUGUUCGGCGGCAUUGAAGCAGGACUUAUAUUUGCGUUGCAAGCUGCGAAAAGGCGCGGAUUAGAAUGGCCUCUCAUCUUGAUGGCAGUUUUGAGUGCGUGCCUACUUGCAGCAGGUGUACUGAGACAUUACUGGGAUAUCUAUGUCCACCGGACUGUCCGAGGAAUCAGCUUCAUUUUUGUCGGUAUUGACGCUGCUGGGGACUUGUUUUCGCUCCUCUCUGUCUUGUUUGGAUCGACUAUUUCUGCUCUUGGGAUAAUUAUUUAUGGAACUGAAUUGACCCUUUGGGUGGGCAUAUUCAUCUGCGGCGGUAUUUUCAACCUCCGGCCUUGGAUUAAAGAGCGCUCCGAGCAGCGAAAUGGCAAUCUGCAGGAACCGGUGUCCCUACAUCCAAUGCCAUCGUCGACUUCUGUGUUUAGGACCGCAUCCGCAUCUCAAGUGACCGAAAGAAGGCCAUGGCAGAGUUCGUAA